AUGCGAAGAUCGUGCAGACCACGUCCAUCGAUCCUAUCGCGACUCAAUUGCGGGCAAUGCAAUCGUGUUCUGUUCUUCUCGAUCGGCGUGGGACUUGGCGUACUCAUAGUGCGUCAGAAGGAUCGGAUCAAAGAGGAACUACAGAAUGCCAGCAGUGAUAAGAAAUCAAAGCCCAAGGACUAAGUUGAGAAUAUCGAUGGGGGAGUCUGGAUUGCAAUGUGCGGAUCUUACUACUGGAAUUGAAUGACGAGCUAAUUCAACCGGAAGAUGACAACAUAUGAUUUGAUAUGUGUCAGCCUCCGGCUUUAUAGAACGGCCUUCAAUGCGUGUAACACCCGAACACCUCUGGACAGUCAAAACCACUCUUUUGAAUCUUUCUCGCUAAUCUGUAAAUUUAAAAUUUUAGUAUUGCAACAUUAAAGAUUAAAUCGAAAUAAUAAUUGUAAAAAUUGGAAA